UCACAUGCUAAUCUCCCAGCCAUACACCUGCUACUAGUCACCAAAGUGCGUGCUUCUCCAGAACAGAGAGCGCGGCGAAGGGAGGCAGGAUAAAAAGGCGAGCUGUAGGGGACUAAAGAAGAAAGGAAAGCAUAGAAGGGCACGGCAAGCAACCAGCUCGAGGCACCACGCGCUAGUACAUAAGCCAAGGUGCGAUUUCGCGAGCUCUAGCCGCUUCCACUUGGCCAUUUCCCAUCUGCCUUCUCCUGGAGCUCUAGCUCCGGCCGGCUACGUUUGCAACUGUUGUUUAUCUCCUGGUGGGAAUUAGACUCGUGAAGCCUUUGAGCUAGUUAACCUUAUGGAAGAAAGCUCCAAGAAAAGAGAAAGGCUUCCUCAACUCCUAGAUCUUAUCCCAGAUGAGAAGGAAUGGAAGCUGAGAGAAGCAUUAGGUCUAGGGAGGUCGAGAAACGCAGGAUUCGAGGGUGAAGAAGACAAGAAGCUAGACCUGAAGCUUGGCCUUCCUGGUCUAACAGAAGAGGAUAAAGCAGCUACCUCAAGAGAUUACUGUAGGCUACAGCAAGAGAACUCGGCUCUCUCCCUUGGUUUCUUCCCAAAGCACUCCAAGACCACCACCACCACCACCACCACUCCUACGACAACUGGUGCAAAGAGGGGAUUCAUAGACACAGUUGAGACCAAAACAGAAGGUUAUAACGACCAGAAGCAGCAGGCAAGAGCAGGAUGUGGGAAGGAACUGGCAGUGGAGGAAAUUAUAGCAGCCGUGAAUGAGAGGAAGAAAGGAUGCUGCCCCCCACCACCAUCACAUGGUGCUCCUGCUAUUAUACCUGCGCGCAACAGACCACAGGCCCAGGGAAGAGGAGCUGCAGCGCCAGUGGUUGGUUGGCCUCCAAUUCGAUCCUUCAGGAGAAACCUUGCUAGUAGUAGUUCAACCAAACAAUCCCCUGAACCACAAAAUGAUGAAGCCAGUGCAAAGGUGACGCUCACCUGCAAGAAAAACCCUUUUGUAAAAAUCAACAUGGACGGGAUUCCUAUUGGAAGGAAAAUAGACCUUGAAGCAUAUAACAGCUAUGAUGGGCUAUCAUCAGCUGUCAAAGAGCUCUUCCAUGGUUUUCUUCAAGCUCAAAAGGACCAAGCUAAUGUAGAAAUUGCACAGCAAGGUACAGAUGACGAAAUAUUUUAUCAGUUGUUGGAUGGGUCUGGUGAAUAUACUCUAGUUUAUGAAGACAGUGAAGGAGACAGAAUGCUGGUUGGGGAUGUGCCAUGGAAUGUGUUUGUCUCAACUGUUAAAAGGCUGAGGGUUCUAAGGAGUUCAGAGCUUUCCCAUACCCUGAUUGGAACUACUUCUAGUGCUAGGAUCUAGGAGAGUCACCAAUUACUGAAAUGCUGGCAGCUUAUUAACCAUCAGAACGAAUGAGUGUACACUCAAGCUAGUCCAUUCUCCUUUUUGGGACUACCCCCUAUUUUGCCUAUAGAGAUGAUCUACUGAGAUGAGUUAGCAUACAGCAGAUGCAAGGAAAUGGCAAUCUAUUUUGUAAAUUAGGUUACCACCUUGCUAUGGCAUGUUGCUUAAUUAAAUUCUAAGCGGUUUUGGUUUUAUUGGGGGGAGCCGCAUAUGUAGACUUGCAGCUCGCCCAUGUAAAGUGCCCCGUUCUGUGUGAUAAAUUUGUAUUAAUCGCUGCUGCAAUCCGACAUGCAGAUCCAAUGUCACCAGCGUGUCUCAGAGGACAGCAACUAGGCCAACCUGAUAGCAUCAGGUCAUCACUCCACGUGGAAUAUACUACUAGUAGGGGGGAAAAAAGACAGAAUUAUCCA